UUUGUUGGCUGGAAGAGGGGUCUCUGGAAUCCCACUUCUAGAUCUUUACUGAAGAUUUGAAAGGAAUUAAUUUAGGGCCAUGGGGACAACGAAGGUCACCGCCCCUCUGAUCUUUGCCGUCACGAUUGCUACAAUAGGCUCUUUCCAGUUUGGCUACAACACUGGAGUCAUCAAUGCUCCUGAGGUGAUCAUAAAGGACUAUCUCAAUUACACUUUGCAAGAGAGGUUUAAAAACCCUCCCUCUGAGGUGGUACUCACGUCCCUGUGGUCCUUGUCUGUGGCCAUCUUCUCCGUUGGUGGUAUGGUUGGCUCCUUUUCUGUUGGACUCUUUGUCAACCGGUUUGGCAGGCGCAAUUCAAUGCUUAUUGUCAACCUGUUGGCCAUCGCUGGAGGCUGCCUUAUGGGGUUCUGCAAAAUAGCGGAGUCAUUUGAAAUGCUGAUCCUGGGCCGACUGGUUAUUGGUCUCUUCUGUGGACUCUGCACAGGAUUCGUGCCCAUGUACAUUGGAGAGAUAGCUCCCACUGCCCUGCGGGGGGCCUUUGGCACUCUCAACCAGCUGGGCAUCGUUAUUGGGAUUCUGGUGGCCCAGAUCUUUGGUCUAAAAAUCAUCUUGGGGACCAAAGAGCUCUGGCCGCUGCUCUUGGGCUUCACCAUCAUCCCAGCCAUCCUCCAAUGUGCUGCCCUUCCAUUUUGCCCCGAAAGUCCUAGAUUCUUGCUCAUUAACAGAAAGGAAGAGGAGAGCGCUAAGGAGCUUCUCCAGCGAUUGUGGGGCACCCAGGAUGUGGCUCAGGACAUCCAGGAGAUGAAAGAUGAGAGUAUAAGGAUGGCACAGGAAAAAAAAGUCACUGUGCUGGAGAUCUUCCGAGCCCCCAGCUACCGACAGCCCAUCAUCAUCUCCAUCAUGCUCCAGCUCUCUCAGCAGCUCUCGGGGAUCAACGCUGUGUUCUAUUACUCGACAGGAAUCUUCAAAGAUGCAGGUGUCAAGGAGCCGAUCUAUGCCACUAUUGGUGCAGGCGUGGUUAAUACCAUCUUCACCGUGGUUUCUGUGUUCCUGGUAGAAAAGGCAGGGAGGAGGACGCUACACCUGAUAGGCCUUGGAGGGAUGGCUUUUUGUUCCGUCCUCAUGACGAUUUCUUUGUUACUAAAGGAUAAUUAUGGUUGGAUGAGCUUUAUCUGUAUUGGGGCCAUCUUGCUCUUCGUGGCCUUCUUUGAAAUUGGCCCAGGCCCCAUUCCCUGGUUUAUUGUGGCUGAACUCUUUGGCCAGGGACCCCGCCCGGCUGCCAUGGCAGUGGCUGGUUGUUCCAACUGGACCUCCAACUUUUUGGUUGGACUGCUCUUCCCCUCAGCUGCAUUCUAUUUAGGAGCCUACGUUUUCAUUGUCUUCACGGGUUUCCUUGUUAUCUUCUGGAUCUUCACCUUCUUUAAAGUCCCUGAGACUCGUGGCAGGACUUUUGAGGAAAUUACACGAGCCUUUGAAGGGCAGGUGCCGGCGGGUAACCGAGGUGAGAAAGGUCCCAUCAUGGAGAUGAACAGCAUCCAGCCCACGAAGGACACCAACGUCUAAGCAGUGCCUCCUUCCCACCUCCCUCCUGUCAUGAAAAAGCAACCUCUCCCUAAGCAAGGGAGAGACCUCAUCAGGUUGUAACCCAGGACUGUUUCUGAAUGCUGCUACUCAAUUCUUUUCUCAUCCCACACACUCUUGGGCGUUCAGAGGAUCCCAAUGCUGGGGUUAGUUGUUAUCUUCAAAGGCUUUUAAAAAUUUCAUUUCUUGGACAUUCUCUUCUGUUCAGG